AUGGCCAUCGACUCCGGCGGCGGCGGCGGCGAUUGCAGCGGCGGCGGAGCGAAGCGGCAGAGGGUGGAUGAGCAAGGGGAUCGAUGCGAAGUGGUGGGCUCGGAUGUGGUCCCGAUGGACCGCAUCUCUGCGCUGCCGGACGAGCUGCGGCAACGCAUCCUGACGCACCUCCCCCUCAAGGACGCGAUCCGCACGGGGGCGCUCGUGCGCGGGUGGCGCGACUUGUGGAAGGGCUGGUGGGCGCACCGCGCCUCCCUCGAGGUGCACCUCCGCUUCUCCCUCAUCGUCGACAUCUGCAAACUCAAGUCCUCGGAGCUCCGGCGCUUUCUCGACUACGCCGCGGAGUGCGGCGUCGAGGACCUCCACGUGGAGACGAGCAAGAUCACGGUCGCGGACAAGCUCAACUUCCAUCUGGCGCUGUCGAGCGCGUCCCUCGCGUGCCUCUCGCUCCGCCGCAUCAGCGUCUCCAGUAUGUACUACAAGGGCGCCCGGCCGUUCCACGCUCUGACGCUCUCGAGAUGCUUGGUCAUGCCUCAGAACGUGAGGAGUGUUAGCCUCGCGGAGUAUGAUGGAUUCACCCGUCUGAACUGGGUGCCUCUGCCCAGCCUUCGAUCCUUCCACUACAGUGGUCACUUCCUCGAGGCCCCCUUCAACAUUCCACGCGACGCCGCUCUUGCUGAUCUUUAUAUUUGGUUUGCUGAUUCAGUAUCAAUAAAGUACGAUGCCAAAAGGUUGAAUAAUUCUCUCCCGAAGGAUUUAUCUGGCCUCAACGUUCUCACCAUCUGUUCCAAUGCUCUCCCGGUUGCAUCUUUCUUGACAGAUGAUGGAAAAAGUGUUCAUUUGCCCAAUCUCAGCUUAAACAGUUUGAGAGAGCUACAUCUACUCAUGUUAAAAAUGGAUGCUGUCAACCUAGCUGACCUUUAUGUGUUCCUCAAGACCUGCCAAUGUCCUAAUCUGGAGAGGCUCUUUGUGCAGCUCCUGGAAUCUAGAUAUGAACCCAUGGAACGUUCAACUGAUGGGGUGAGUGAAGAAGCACCAGAGGAUGGCUUAGACAACCUUGUGAUGGUAAAUGUCAUGAACUUCAAUUGGCGAUGCACUGAGGUGCAGCUAGUGAGUUUUCUGUUGAGGAAAGCUAGUUCCCUGCGUAAACUGUUAAUAGUUUCUCCCAAUGCCGCUCCAUUGGAUUUGCUUGGUGUACAAGAAGCAGACCUUUUGCUUUUCAGAGAAGCUUUAGCCAAUUGCAAGAUAAUGCUGAGUGAGUCUGACGAUGCUUCAACUCAACCAUAUCAUUCUGAAGUACCAAGUUCUAGUUCUUAG